AUGUUCACUAAAAGUGGCCAUUUCAAAUUCCUCGCGAACUUUGUAGGAUUGCCACUCAAAUUUUUCUUUGUUGGUUGCUUCUUAGCAUUUUUGUUUGCAGAUUAUUGCAAGGGAAGGAAAUAUAAGGGACACGUCAUGCUAAUGGUUUCAAUUUAUAAGCUAUUGAGGAAGGAUGAGAUAGUAAUAUGUACACCGGUGUUUGUCUCAUAUAAUGAGAAGAAAAGAGAAAUUUGUUCCUUGCAUUCCUUGGCAACAUAA